CGCGACAGCCGCCAAACUCGCGCACACACACAACAGACUCCGCGCGCAGUCGGACUGCCACUUCUCGCCGGCUGGACCUCACCGCGUGCCCAGUCAGCGCGCAGUGUCGAGCGCAGUGGGUCAAGUGGGUCCGUGUCGAGUAGCGUGGAGCGAACAGGGGUGCCAGGGGAGACUGGUCAGGUGUGAACGACAAGCCUCGAUCGUAUCUUUUGCAUGGAUGGAUAAAGAUAAAGGAGAUCUUCGUUGCGAAGCUGGUUUCUCUUUUCGUCGGGUCUGAACGUGUCUCAUCGGACGUGACUUCCUCUCCAGCCCUGGAUCCCAACGCUUCGCCGGACCUCCCGGCCCCCGCCAACGACGUUGCCGAAGAGCUCGAGGGGGCGGACGCCAUGACCCGGGAGCCGUGCGGCGGCGCCCCCCCGCAGGCGGACACGCCCCCGCACGUCCUGGCGGACGGGACGGACCAGGGCGCGCCGCGGGAGGAGGGGGCGGGGCCGGAGGACGGGGCUGCGGACGCUGAGGGUGGAGGCGUUCAGGCGGCGCAGACCAGCGGGGGGGAGGAUGAAAUGGACUGCGCAGACGGGAAUGCGCAGACGGACGGGGGGCUGCGCAGGCAGGCGGAGGAGCAGGCACAGGAGAGCACGGGGGACGACGGCGGGGGAACAGAUCCGGACCUGGAGCAGGACGGGGCGCUCGACGGACACGACCAGGACGCCGAAACGGACACACAGGACCUUAGGUACACACAGAGGACUGAGGAAAAGCUGGAGGCGGAAGAGGAGGAGGACGAUGAUGAUGAGGAGGAGAGAGAGGAAGAGCAUGACGCAGCGCAGGACAGCCAGGACCGCUUCAGCUCCCGGUUCGAGUGCAUCGUGGAGGAGGUCGACGUGGAGGUGGAGGAAGAGGAGGACGGGGAGGGGGAGAACCAGGACGGCUUCAGCUCCCGGUUCGAGCGCAUCGUGGAAGAAGCGGAGGUGGAGGUGGAGGCGGAGGCGGAGGCGGAGGCGGAGGACGGGCGCUCGGACGGGCGGGAGAACCAGGACGGCUUCAGCUCCCGGUUCGAGCGCAUCGUGGAGUCGGAGCUCCUGCGGGGGACGUACUACAGCAGCCUGGACUCGCUGGACGUGCUGUCCCUGACGGACGAGACGGACAGCUGCGUCAGCUUCGAGGCCCCGCUCACCCCGCUCAUCCAGCAGAGGGCGCGGGAGGGCCCCGAGCCGGCCGAGGCGCUGGAGCUGCCCGCCGUGGCCGAGCAGGACGGGCCCGAGGCGGGGCGGGACAGCCGGGGAGGGGCGCCGGCCAGCCCCCUGCGGAACUCCAUCACCAGCAGCCGCUCGGAGAACGUGCUGAGCCGCUCCAACCUCCGCGCGCUGCCCAACGGGUUCCACGCCGACGCGCAGGGACCCCUGGAGAGUUCCGGCACCUUCCCCACCUCCGUCAGCGAUGCCAACCUCACGGACGUCCCGUCGGACUCUGAGUCGGAGCUGGGCAGUUUGGAGCAGCUGGAACGCGGCAGCACCGACACCCUGGCCAACGGUUGCCGCGCCGACAGCGAUGCCGCCAAGCGCCUGGCCAAGCGGCUGUUCUACCUGGAGGGCUUCAAGCGCUGCGACGUGGCGCGACACCUGGGCAAGAAUAACGAGUUCAGCCAGAUGGUGGCAGCAGAGUACCUGCGUUUCUUCGACUUCACGGGUCUACCGCUGGACCGAGCGCUCAGAACAUUCCUGAAGGCGUUUCCCCUGAUGGGCGAGACUCAGGAGAGAGAGCGGGUCCUGGUCCAUUUCUCCAGAAGGUUCUGUUUCUGCAACACAGAGGCACUCACCUCAGAGGACGGAGUCCACACCCUGACCUGUGCCCUGAUGCUGCUUAACACAGACCUGCACGGCCACAACAUUGGGAAAAAGAUGUCCUGUCAGCAGUUCAUCAGUAACCUGGACGGCCUGAACGACGGAAAGGACUUCGCCAAGGACCUGCUGAAGAUUCUGUAUAAUUCCAUAAAGAACGAGAAGCUGGAGUGGGCUAUUGAGGAAGAGGAGCUGAGGAAGUCUCUCUCUGAGCUGGUGGAGGAGCAGGGCGACUGUGGGGGUAAGAGGGUUGGGCGCGUCGCUGACGGCAGUAACCCCUUCAUCGCCAUCCCCCUCCUCCUCAACGCUGCCACCUACAAACACGGCGUACUCACGCGCAAGAGCCACGCGGACAUGGAUGGGAAGCGCACUCCCCGGGGCCGUCGAGGCUGGAAGAAGUUUUACGCAGUGCUGAAGGGAACCAUCCUGUAUCUGCAGAAGGAUGAGUAUAAGCCAGACAAAGACCUGUCGGAGGUGGACCUGAAGAACGCAGUACGCGUUCACCACGCCCUGGCAACCCGAGCCACCGACUACAGCAAGAGGCCCAACGUGCUGAAGCUGAAGACUUCGGACUGGAGAGUCUUCCUCUUCCAGGCUCCGAGCGAGGAGGAAAUGAUGUCGUGGAUAUUGCGCAUCAACCUCGUGGCAGCUCUGUUCUCUGCCCCCGCCUUCCCGGCUGCCAUUGGCUCCAUGAAGAAGUUCUGCAGGCCUCUCCUGCCGUCAUCCUCCACCCGACUCAGCCAGGAGGAACAGCUGAAGUCCCACGAGAGCAAGCUGAAGCAGGUCUCCGUGGAGGUGGAGGAGCACAGCCGGACCCCGCCCGACCUCACCCUGAAAACCAAGGAGACGGAGGAGUACAGGCUGAAGGAGCACUACCUGACGUUCGAGAAGAGCCGGUACGAGACCUACAUCACGCUGCUGCAGACCAAGCUGCGGACGGGCACCGACGACCUGGAGAAGAUGGAGGCGGAGCUCCUGAGGGGGGAGGGGCCGGAGGGGUACCUGCGGAAGACCCAGUCCAGCCCCUCCAUCAGCCAGGGCCAACGGACCAACGGCCGGGCGGAGGGGAGGACCGCCUCCGAGCGCCGCAGCUGAGGGGCUUUGGACCCCCCCCCUCGCCCCCACCCCAUCCUGCACCCCCUGCAGCCUCACACCCCCCCCCCCCCCCCAUUAAGCAUCUCAGAAAAACACCUUUUUAAAAAAAGCUAGGAAGAAAAACUGCAUUUCAGUGUACAGUAUUAUUAUUAUUGUUAUUAUUAUUAUUAUUAUUAUUAUGAACAUAACUUUUUGUGCCAAAAAAAGAACAAAGGAAAAAAGAAUGUGCGGAGAUGAGGAAAUGCCAUGGAAAGGCUGGGUGGUGUGUGUGUGCAUUGUGCAGGGGUGGUGGGAGGGGGGCGGGCGUGGGGGCGGGGGUGAAGAGUAGGACUGUGGGGGUGUGUAGAGGAGUGUGUUUGGCUGUGCUGAGUGGGCAGAAUUUGCGCGUGGCUGUGUUGUGAGUGUGUGUGUAUGUGUAGGAGUGUAUAACCGCAGUUAGGUACUAUAGUGAGCGGGUGUGUGACAGCUGCCGUUUGCCAGUGUGUGUCUGUGUCUCAUGCCCGGAGUGAGCCAUUCUCCUCCGCAAGGGCUUUCCCAAAAUCACUGACCAUCACACAAAUCCGUUACAGUCAGCUCUCUAGUAAGGGACUGACCUAUGCUUGAACGAAUAUUCACAGAGCAUUUGACAAAUGUGUAUGUGACUCACAUAAAACAAGCACUUUUGCAGAGUAAGGGCACUAGAUGUUGGUACGAAAGUGCUUUCAAAGGUAAGCUCCACUGUGGAACGAAACUUGAACUCGAAAUGCAGUGGGAGCAAUGGAGGAUAUUUGUUUCCUGUUUCGAAGUUGUUUCAUUUUUGUUGCUUGCUUUGAAAAAGGCUGUGGCUUUUGUUUGUAAACACAGCGGUGAAGUGCACUAUGGGAUUGCUGGCUCUCCAAAGUCAGUCAGUGGCUGUUAAGACCACACACCCUGGAUUCAGUGAGUUGGCUGUAGCCAGAGAGGCCGUAGUUCUGCAAUGGGAUUAACAAAACACCUCCGCCUUUUAAAAUGCAAAUUACAACCAAAAAGGUAAACAAAGUUUGAAAUGGGAAGUGAGUGAGUGAGAUGUUCUUAAAUGAAUUCCCUCUGCAUUUAUAGCUAAUGUUUCUUUUUUUUCCAGUGGAGGUUCCCUUUGAAGUGACAUUAGGGGGUGCGGCACCCUUUCCCGAGUGCUUGCAGCCCAGCCUUUGCGUAGUGAAUGUCUGAAAUGGAGUAACUGAGCAGGCCGAGUCGCUGAUGUGGAUCAACGGACCCGAGAUUGUGGCUGUGAGAGGGGAGUAUCGCCUGGUUUGUCGGGUAAUUCAAGGCUGUGGCGUUUUGAAGGAGCACACUGAUGGUUUGGUAACCGGUAGGUUGUGUAGUUGUAGCUAAGGAUGGGGGAGUACGUGGCGGGUGAGGGCGUGGUGAAAGGCGGAGCCUGUCGACACGGUUACGGUCUUAACGGACGCUGUAAUGCGGGCUUAGUCGUGACCCCUUUCCUCUGGCUCCCAGAUUUAAAGACUGAAAGCAGCAGGACUGCAGAAACCAGCCACUCUUCCCCGAAUCUGGGGGGGGAAAAUGGCGCAUGGAACUGUCAAAAGAAACAUGGAGGACAACUGAUCUGGAACCUGAAAAAACUCGAUUCCAUUGACUGCGAAAAAUCGGGGAUGGGAAGCACUGCACUGCUCCAGGGACUGGGAGAAUCCAUUGAAGGAAGACAAGGGGAGAACCAGGGGCUGGCUGCCCCCCCACCCCCCCUUCAGCCCCCAAUCAGUGGAAUGUCCCAAAUAGCAGACUGCCUCAGUGGUGUGGAUUCUCUCCAUAGCAACAGAUACUUUUUAAUUAUUUUUUAUUUUUUACACAACCCAGGGUAUGGCGAGGACCCAGUGAAGUGCUGUUUCCUGUAUCUCACCUGACUUUUCUGAAAUGGAAUAAAAAUCAAUGUGAAAACUGCAUUUUUUUAUACAUUCGUAACGACCGCUUUCCUAUUCUGAAAGUUACUUCCAUGUUGUUCUGGCUAGAGUGCUGGCCUUGAUUUCCCAAAUAUUUUAGAUAGAUGAGUGCUCUUUAAUAUAGGAUUGUGACUUUCGGUUUUGGUGUUUUUAAUUUUGCUUUCCAUUGAAGGACCUGACCUUAUGUGGGUUUGCCCUAGGACUGUUUUUAUAUACACAAAAAAAGAUAUAAAUGCACUUUGUUUCAUUUGGUCAUAUUUGAACCAAUAUUCAUUUAUUUAUUGUUAGGAAAAAAAGUGUAAAGAAUGCUUUUGCUGGUUAUUAGUGAAAUUACUUUAUAAAGGUGCUUUUUAUAAA